UUCAACUUUUUUUAUUUUUUUGGAUCAUGAAAUGAUACGCUGGAAGUACGAACUACACUCUCUCAUAUGGCUAUUUCUCGUGCUGCACCUCUCGAAAUGUCAAUCAGAUUCACUGACAACAUCGGCUGAGCAGCACGAGUUAUUUGCCAUCAAGAAGGAUUCCUUAUCGCCUUGGUCACAGAUUCUUGUUUCAUUACCAAGACGGCAUCCAUUGUAUCAAAGUUUUGCCGCCAAGAUUCAAGAUGUCACUGAGAAUAUUUCGGACGAAGUCAGAGAUUCCAACAAAACAUUCGUUUCUUCCGAUGAUGCUCCGUAUAGUAUUCGAAUACAUGCUCUUCGUGCCGGACAUCGUUAUUCAAUUGCCAUUCACGGUCAAAAGGAUGGAUCAACUUCUCUGAUAAAAGAAGAAUCAGUUGUAAUGGAUCCGAGAGCGCCAGACUUUCGAUCCAUGGAUUCUGAUAUUCAAGUCGCUGAGCACAACAUCACAAUGAGAACAAUUAAAAAUGAUUCUUAUCUUCAAGAUUCGUUCUCAAUUGAAUAUCGACAAAUAAAUCCGGACAAGAAAUUUCCAGUUCUCCAAAUUCUCGACAUCCCGGAGCAGAAAAAUUUGGAAUUUUACCUUGGAAAUUUGAAUUCUGGAUUUGAUUAUUCAGUUCGAGUAAUUGCGCAUAAAGACGGAAUGAGUAGUAGACCAUGGAUAUCAACUCUUACUACAAAGCCAUCGCCAUUGAAAGAAGUGAAUAUUAAUCAAAACGCUGGAUCGUGUGUGGAAGUUUCAUGGCAAAAUGAUGAAUUCAGUGGAGCUGAUUUUUAUACAAUUCAAUAUUCACUUCAAUCAACUCCUAACAACUCAACAAAUAUGACAAUUCCAUCAACAGAAUCUUCCAUAUCAAUAUGUGAUUCAAUGUUGCAAGGAGAAGCAUAUCAAAUUAUUGCGACUGUUCAAAAAGGCGGUCAAGUCUCUGAACCACUGAUCACAAAGUUUCAGCUUCGUCCCCUUCCACCAAUUGACUUUAGAGUUCGUGCUGAUUUGAAACGUGGAAAGUACAAACUUCUUGCGGAGCUACCAACGUCGUCUAAAAUUGAUAAGUGUCAGAUAACAGUUGCUGGAGAUGAAGCUGAAAGAUCAGUCAAUUACGCGAAUAUUGAACAAACUAAAUCUGGACACAAAAUAUGCUGGUUUAACUUUGCACUUUCACCGGGAGAACGUUUCGAUUUUUCGAUUUCUUCGAUGGCAAAUGAGUCUGCAAGUCAGAAACUUCAGAAGAGCAUCGUGCUCACACCAGCUUUUGAUUUCAAUGCAUUUGGAUUAACACUGCAGGAAUCGAACGGAGGAAUUGAAUUGAUAUGGCCGAAAAGUGAGGUUUUUAUGACACGUGUCAAAGAUAUUUGGAACAAAGUAGUUGGAGCGGAAAGUCUUUUGAAUAUGAGAAUAACUCCAAUUGGAAACAAUGAUGAGACAGAUAAAACUCUAAAGUUUGAAACAUCUCCAAAAAAUAUAGAUCCCGUAUUCGCGAAGAAUCUUGUAAAAGGAGCAUGCUAUCGUGUUCAACUAUUCACUGUUACAAAAACUGGAAUAAUAUCUGAGACACGUCACAAUGAAACAAUUCGAAUGUCAAGUCCAGCAGUGAAUGUUUCAUUGGAAAGUGUUACAAGGUCAUCUGCAACUCUUCGAAUUGUAUUUUCAACUCAUCACGAUUCCACAUCCAUAUCAAAUUGUCAAAUGCAUAUUGUUGUACGAGAUAUGAAUGGGAAAAGUGUUUUCGAUAAGAGAAUGCAACUCACUGCAACAUUUGCUCCAUUGCUCAAUUUGGAUGGAUUAAGCCCAUUUCACAAGUAUACAGUAAAUACACAAAUUAUAUGUGGAAGUGGAAGCAGUGAGACUCCACAGUGUCCAGCGGCUACAAGGACAAUGAGGCAAUUGUCGUUUUCUACGAGACAGGAUAAACCAGCGGCUGUGCAAGAUCUGAAAGUUGAACCAUUGAAUUCUUACUCAGUGAUGCUCACGUGGCUUCCACCAGCACUUCCAAAUGGAAUUCUAACGCAUUACGCAGUUAAUGUGACUAAAAUAGGAUCGGAUGAGACUAGAACAAUUGAUGUUGGAGUCUCCUCGAAUCGUUCCGAUCAUACUGUUCAAGUGGUCAUUGAUGAACUUUUUGGAGGACACACUUACAGUUUCAGUGUUCGGGCAGUGACUGAAGCUGGAUUCGGAGAGAAUUCUCCAGUUGUUCCGACUGUUUCAAUGCCACUUAUGGCACCACCAGUGCCUACAGUAGCUCCAAUGAUUAUGAAGGAAAGUGUUGGAAGUCAUAAUAUGAUUGUGAGAUUUCCAACAACAAUGUUCGAUAAUAGAAACGGAGAAAUUAAACAAUUUGCUAUAAUUGUCUCGGAAACCACAGCUGACGAAUCUAUAAAUAGAUGGAUAGAGAGCGACAACGGAACUUAUACAUGGCAACAAGUACAACGAUUUGAUGUUUGGCCAUCUUACGUGGCAAAACUUCAAGAUAUUCAGAAAGUGAAACAAGAUGUAGAUGUGUCGAUUUUCGAAGAAUUAGGGGAGGAUGAGACUUGUCUAGAAGUGAGAGCCGAUCGUAUAUGUAACGGACCACUUCGUUCCGCAUCGAAAUAUCGUGUCAGAAUCCGCUUGUUCACGUCUCCGACUUUGUUCACAGAUUCACCUCCCAGCCAAGUGAUGACCACCGGCUCAGCAACUCCAGCAAUCCCAUUGCUAACAGUUGUCGCUGUUCUGAUUGUGAUCGCAUUCGUCGGGAUCGUCGGAACCAUAUUCCUCUUCUUCUGGAAUCGAACAAAGAAAGCGAGACUCGCAGCGGCAGCAUUCAAGAACGGACCCUCGAAAGAGAAAGAGUCGCAGUGGGAGGCACUCAAAAUGAUGAUGGCAGAGAGAGCCGCUGACUGCCUUGCAAAGCUCGGCCUCGACGCGACGACACCACCACCGUCAUCGACGACGAGUUCCAACUCGCCGACCUCCACCUCGACGACGAUGACCGAUUGUGGAAGUAAUCCACAUCUCGGAGCACCAAAUGCAGGUGGUCACCGACGAACACGGAGUCUUCGUGAGCGGACCGGUGUCGAGCAUCGUCUCGAGCGACUCUCGUCGGGUCCAGUUCAUCGGACACCUCUGUACACUGUUGUUACUGGGGCGAAUACUAAUAAAUCAAGACCAGUACGAAUCGAAGACUUUGCCGACCACGUGAGACUAAUGUCAGCGGACUCUGACUUUAGAUUCUCAGAAGAAUAUGAUAUGAUGCGAAAUGUUGGAGUUGGACAAUCUGUAGCUGCAUCGGAAUUGCCAAUUAACAGACCGAAAAAUCGAUUUACAAACAUUCCAUCCUACGAUCACUCGCGUGUUAAACUAUCGAAUCCAAAUAAUAUCGAAGGUGGAGAUUAUAUAAAUGCGAACUAUGUACCUGGAUUCUCAUCACGUCGAGAGUUUAUUGCUGCACAAGGUCCUCUACCAACAACACGUGAUCAUUUCUGGCAGAUGACGUGGGAGCAGCAGUGUCCAGCAAUUAUAGCACUCACGAAAUGUGUUGAAAAGGGAAGAGAUAAAUGUCAUCAAUAUUGGCCUGAUCAUGAGAAUGUACCUGUUUUGUAUGGAGAUAUUGAAGUGACAAUAGUAGCAGAAAAGGAAUUCGAUGAAUUCGUGAUCCGAGAUAUUCGACUUGAAAAAUCAGGUCCCGAUGGUCGCGUAACACGAUUUGUCAGGCACUGGCAUUAUAUGGCAUGGCCUGAUUUUGGAGCCCCGUCUCAUCCAAACGGUAUCAUUCAAUUCUCAAGAAUGUUCCGUCACCAUCUUCCACAUUCACCUCAUAAUGCUCCAACGAUAGUGCAUUGCAGUGCUGGAGUUGGUCGUUCUGGAACAUUUAUCAGUAUUGAUCGUCUCCUACAAUCAAGUUCAUUUGGUGAUCCAAUUGAUGUAUUUGGAACUGUUUGUGAAAUGCGAUACGAGAGAUGUCAAAUGGUACAGAAUGAGCAACAAUACAUAUUCAUUCACUAUUGUAUCCUUCAAGUUCUACAAGGAUCAUCUCCGUCUCCAACAUCUACUUCAACAGGUGCUCAUCAUAAUGCUGGUUUUGUACAGGAUGGUCAAAUGAUUGUCGAAUCGGGAUUUUGAAGAGAAACCCCUUCUCUACAUUUUUGUUAUUUUUCUCCGGAUACUUACCUCUUUCUAGUCCGCUAUUCUUCAUCUUUCCUUUUCAAUUUUCCGUUUUUUCCUUCAUUUUGUGGUUUCCACGGGUAGCUCAUCUUUGUUUUUUCUCUCUUUCCUUCACUCCAUCUCUUCCGUGACUCCUCCCAUUUUCUGUAUAUCAACCCCUCAAUUCAUGGAGAUUAUCAAUUCUUUCAAAAAACGCGAUGUUAUAUACGGGUCACCCUAACACAUGAGAACAUCUAUUCAUUGUAUGUAACAUGUACUUCUUUAUUUGAACGAUUUACUUGCAAUUACUCGAUCUAAAUAAUUUUUAACAUUAAUAAAUACUUCUCACAUUUU